AUGGACGAAGCAUGGGCACAACAGAACAAGGAUGAAGAACAACCAAUAAUGUGGUUGAACAAGCUGCCACCUGGAGUAAAGAUACCACUAACUGCAGAACAGAUGGCAAAAGUUGCAAAAAUGGGUUUAUUCAAAGAAAUCGAGGACGAUGAUAUGUCUGACGACAACAACCACACACAGAUCAAGCUAGUAGACAAGCACAAAGCCUCACGACAACAAUCUCAACAAAACAAAGAAGACAUCAAGAAGGAGGUAUACAGCGACCAGGCAAGAAUGAAACAACAUACAGGACCAAGCAGCAGCUAUGGUAUACCAGACAAACAGAAUGACAGGAAAACACACAUGCAACCAAUACCAGAAAAAAUUAUCAAGGAAAUGAAGUUUGCUACAGCCAACAACAACUCCAGUGAUAGCACAACAAGCAAUACAAAGGAAACAUAUGAAGCAUACACAUGUACAGAAACAUCGGGAAACAAAAUCAUCGAUCAUCAGGAAUCCAGAGGAAUGGGAAGUACCGACGAAGAAACAAGUGCCUCAAAGGAAACAAAUCAAAAGGAAGCUUAUUCAUCAUCGCAGAACCACAGCACAGGAGAAUCAAACUCGCCCUCGGAGGAACAAGCUUCUAAGCAAGAAACUAAAGAAGAACUGAAGGAUGAUGAUCCAGAAAUAAAUCCAGAUCCUCCAACAAAGAUGGAAGAGGAAAUGGACAAUAUGUUCAGCACAGAUGACUACCCAGCAGUUGAAGAGAUUAUGAGUGCAGCUAUACCAAAGGAAGGUGCCCGUUUCAAAACAAGAGACGAUGCAUUCUAUAGAUACGCUCUGUAUGCAAGAAAGGAAGGAUUUGCAGUGAAGAAGUUCAGCAGCAAGAGAUCAGGAAAAAACGGAGAAAUGUACAUGCAAAUGUUCGCAUGUAACAAAGAAGGAUGCACAAACACAGAUGCCGAACCAUCGUCGCAUAGGAGAACAAAUGUACUACUGAAGACUGGCUGUAAAGCACUCAUAAUUGUAAGACAAUUUGAUGGAUACUGGUACAUCAAGAAGGUUCACUUAGAACACAACCACCCGCUGGAACCAACAGACUAUCUAAUUAGGUUUGCACACUAUCACAAAAGGAUGACUGAUCUCGACAGGAGAUUAAUUCAUCUACUACAGAUGGGACGUCUGCCACCAAGGAAGAUGAUGUUAAUCUUUCGGUCGAUCAGAGGGAAAUUCCGUGGAAUACCCUUCGAUGUUGUUGAUCUAAGCAACAUAAAGAGUAAACAACAACAAAUAGAGAAGGACCAUGACAUCCAGAAGUGCCUGGAACGCUUCAAGACACUCCGAAAACAAGCACUGGCUUCUAUCAUGACAUGGAAAUAUACAGCGAAAAAAGAGUUCGCAGCCUGUUUUGGAUGGACGCAAUUUGGGGUCAAUAAUCACGGCUCCACAGUACUGUUUGCCGUUGCUCUGCUGAAGGAUCAAACAACAGAAACAUUUAUAUGGGUUCUGGAAACAUUUGUUCAGGCCAUGGGUGGAAAAGAACCAAAGACAAUAAUAAAAGACCAGGACAAAGCAAUGAAGAAAGCAAUACAAACAGUUCUAAAGUCUACAACCCACAGGAACUGCUACUACCACAUCGUGACCAAGAUGAAUGAGUUCGAAAUGGGAUGGAAUAAAGUGAUAAAGGAUUACAAUGCUGGCGGAGAAGAACACCUAAGCAAGUUAUUCAGGAUAAGACACAGGUGGGUACCAGCGUACUUCAUGGAUAAAUUUUACCCAUUCUCAUCAAGCACAGGAAGGAGCGAGAGCACAAAUAACAUGUGGAAAUGCUAUAGCCAGCACACAGACACAAUAACAAUGUUCCUUGAGCAAUAUGAGGUCAUACAAGACAAGUGCUUAUCUGCCCUAGACAAGAAGAAGCUCACAUCAACACUGAAAACAGCAAAACUAGUAACAAGACAUCCGUUUGAGAAGCAAGCUCUUGAACAAUUCACGCAUGAAAUAUUCGAGAAGUUCCAGAUCGAGAUCACAAACAACACUGCAUUCAAGGUAGAUGGAUCACUUGAACCUGGUCGCCACCUGCGGCUGAAAAGAAUAGUGAAAUUCUACAACCACAUGGAAUUCAAAAGGGAGUUGUUUGACGUCACAUUUGACGAUGAAAAAAAGAACUUCAUGUGUUCCUGCAAAAAGAUGCAGAGGGAUGGUAUACAUUGCUGCCAUGUAAUAAAAGCAAUGGUUCACAUGGAGAUCAAUGAUUUGCCAGAGAGUUUUGUGAUUAAAAGAUGGAGAAAAGACAUAGACAUGGAACUCGCAACAUUAGGAAAUGUCGCAGAUGCUUCUUGCGGAGACGAAACACUAAAGUUUGCCGGUGUGAUGAGCCAUAUGGCAGAACUUUGCAACAAAGCGUGCCCAAAUGACAAAGCAUAUAAUGUCAUGAUUCAGUGUAUGCGUGAUAUGGAAACAAAAGUGCUGGCAGCAAUAAGAGAAGAUGAAGGAGCUAAAAAACUACACGAUGAAGAAACAGUAGCAACGAAACAUUACGUGACCCACCAAUGUCCGACAGAAGAGGAACAAAAAGAGGAGACAGAAUGA